AAGAUUCAACUAGUGGACAGUUCAUACCAACAACAUGAUCUUUUGGUAAAACUACAAGUGCAAGGAACAAGGAGAAAGUUUGGAAUUGCUUGAUAGAUGAUGAGGUUAGAAGGAUUGGUGUUUUCGGAAUGGGAGGAGUUGGCAAAUCAAGUAUCAUGCAUCAUAUUAACAAUCAACUCGUGAAUGAAACUUAUCACUUUGAUGAUGUUAUUUGGGUCACAGUAUCUAAAGCAUUCAACAUUAACAGACUACAGAGUGAGAUAGCUAUAACACUGGAUCUCGAUCUUUCCAAGUAUGAGGAUGAAACAAGAAGAGCAUCAAAAUUACAUAAAAUGCUUUCCCAAAGGAAGAGGUAUGUGCUAGUCCUAGAUGAUCUAUGGGAAACAUUUUCUCUGGAGAAGGUGGGUAUUCCAGAACCAACCAGAGAUAAUGGAUGUAAACUAGUGUUAACUACACGAUCGUCAGAAGUGUGUAAGAGGAUGGAGUGCAGAGAGAUCAAAGUGGAGCUUCUCACGAAAGAGGAAACACUGAAUCUAUUUAUGACCAAGGUUGAAGAACAUCAGACAGUGCUUGCUCCAAAAGUGAAAGAAAUUACAACAAAAGUUGCCAAAGAAUGUGCAUGGCUGCCUCUUGCAGUCAUUACUAUAGCUAGAAGUAUGAAGGGAGUAAAUGACAUUCAUAAAUGGAAAAACGCAUUAAAUGAAUUGAUCAGCUCAACAAAAGAGAUCUGGGACGAUGAUAGUGUGGUGUUUAAGUGACUAAAAUUUGGUUAUAGUUGCCUAAAAGAUGAAAAGCUCCAACAUUGUUUCUUAUAUUGUGCAUUGUAUCCAGAAGACCAUCGCAUCUUCAUGGAAGAGCUGAUAGAGUGUUGGAUUGCUGAGGGACUAAUAGUUGAGAUGAAGAGUAUAGAAGCAAUGUUUGACAA